AAAGAGAUAGACAAGAAGAAGAAGAAGAAACAGAUGAGCAGCAACGGAGAAGAUGGCAUCACCCUACGGCUCCGCCGUGAUAAUCCAAUUUUCUCAGGCCAAUAUCCAUCACGGCCACACAACGCCACAACAAAACCGAACCGUAAACUCCUCUCGUUCUUCCUCCAAGCCAUAGUCAUGGCCAUUGUUAUCUCCCUCUUCUUCAUCUUCUUAGGUAUCGCCGCCAUCGUCCUCCUUCACAUUUGUCUCGCCGGCGGUGCCCUCCAGCGACGCCGCCGCCGGCAGAGUCUCUCCUCCGAUUUUGCUUACGAAAAUGCUGAAUUCGGUCUUGGGUUGUCGCAAGAAGAGCUCCGUAAGCUUCCCAGCUUCAAUUACAGUGUUGCGUUCGAACGCGCGUUGAAUAGAGAUUGUGCUGUUUGCUUGGAAGGGCUUAGGGAAGGUGAGAGAUGUAGGGUUCUUCCAAAAUGCAAGCAUGUGUUUCAUGCGAAUUGUGUUGAUGCGUGGUUGAUCAGGGUCGCUGCUUGCCCGCUUUGUCGUGCGACUGUUGAACCAGGGUUACGAUUUGGUUCCGAGGAUUGUAGGAAAUUGAGGGAAAGGGAACAGGGUUUGUAAAGAAAAGGGUUGGGACCCUAAUUCAUCCUUUGAUGAAUCUGUAAGUCUUUUUUAGUUUUUUGGCCUCCGUUUUUUUUAG